AUGGUUAUAAGUACCUCCACUACCACUGGAAACUUUCAGUACAAUUAUCAACCACAUAUUUUCUACAUGUGGGUCAGACCUCUGUGCACUGCAUGGACUGUGUCAAACUUGUUGCAUAUAAAAGCAAAGCCAUUAUCUCUGGCAAAUAAGUCAAUGUGUUAUCUGAAUGUCAGACCAAGUUUUGUUUUAGGUCAUAUUCUGAAUAAUUUUCCUCCACUAUUGUGAGUCUUUGUUUGGCAUUUUUCUUGUGUAUGGUGUAUACAUUACAAGCUAAUAACACCCACAUUAAUAUACAGUAACAUAUUAAAUGCCUUGGAACCGAAAUCACCACUAGAUGGUAUCAAUGACAUACUUCAGAGACCUAUUGUCUUUUUCCGAAGAAAAAGGGUAUUUCAUAUCUACUGUUCUAAAAUAUCGUCUGAAAACCUCCCGAUAUUCAAGAUGCGCUUUAAGCGUCCUGGACAUUUUCACUUCUAUACUAUAGCUCCAGCUUAAUCUAGAGACUCGGUUGAGACUUAUUGUCAUGGAGUUGAAAAAUAUAUAUUAUUUUAGUCUGAAUAUACUCAAUGUACGUUUGGAAAUGAAGUCUAAUGGUUAAAGUUCCUCUUAGUUUGAUGACAAAUGGCAAUGAAAGCCUACAGCGCCGUAAGCAGUCUAAUGGUAAAAACUGAUAAAAGUUGAACUGCUCCAUGACUCAGUCUAACAAAACGGACAGUGAAAGACUCAGGUAACACCGCAUGUGUGGGUGUGGUUAGUUACCAUGGAGGGGAGUGGUGUCAUUGGUGAGACGGCUCAGUUUACAGGCAAAUACCCACCCACUAUCACAUCGGAAUCAAGAGUUAUGCUUUUUUUUUUAUUACCAACGCGUGUGCUUACCACGUCCCGUUUCGAGACAGAAAAAAAUAUGCUACUUUUUCUCGAAGUUCCGACCGAGUUGGAUAUUGGAUCCAUUUUUUAGCUAAGAAAUCGCGAAAACGUGGACGUCUCUUUCAGGAUUACUCCAGAGCAUGAUUGCAGCGCCACUGGGUCAGACUCCCUAAGCACAGCUCAAGCCCCCAGCCUGGCAUAGGGGACCAGGGGGAGCCUUUGUCUGUGGCCUCUUUGGAGUCUCUGGAGGCCAUGUCUGAAGGAGAUCCCCCCAGUGCCUUCACCCGAGGCACCCGCUCCAGAGCCAGCCUGCCGGUGGUGCGCUCAACCAACCAAACCAAGGACAGAUCACUGGGUGUUCUGUACCUGCAGUAUGGAGAGGAGACUAAGCAGAUUCGGAUGCCCAAUGAGAUCACUGCGGGAGACACCAUCCGGGCCCUGUUUGUCAGUGCCUUCCCCCAGCAGCUCAACAUGAAGAUGCUGGAGUCUCCCAGCGUGGCCGUCUACAUCAAGGACGACAUGAGGAACAUCUACUACGAGCUCACUGACGUCAGGAACAUCACACCUCACUCAUGUCUGAAAGUCUAUCACAAAGACCCUGCUCAGGCCUUCAAUCACAACUCAAAGCCCAACAACGGAGAUGUGAGGAUCCACAGAGAGAAGCUGUACGGCAGCAGAGACGGCCAAAACACCCUGCGGCAGGCCCCUGGCAGCCCAAUCAGCAACCUCCACGCCCUGCAGGGCUCCAUGUCGCCCCCCACUGCCCGCUCCAUGCCCUCCUCCCCCUCCCGCAUCCCAUACGGGCCACGCCCCUCUGGGCCCAUGCCCGGCAGUGUCACCCUGCCCCGCGACCGAAUCUCCAGUGCGCCGCAGCCCGCCACCCGCUCAGUCACACCCUGCUCCAGCGCCAUCUUGGAGCGCCGCGACGUCAAGCCAGACGAGGACCUGGGCGGGAGCAAGAGCGUGGCUCUGUUUGACCCUUACGGGAUCCCAGAGGGCCGGCUGAGCGUGUCCUCAACCCAGGGCCCCCACGGCCCCCACGGCCCCGGAGAUGUGGUGGAUGGAGCCCUCCAGCAGCAGCAGCAGCAGCAGCAGCACUCACUCUUCAGGCAGAAGUCGCGCAAGUACUCAGAGAACCCACUGGCCACACUGGGGGGAAAAACACAACCGCCGUCCCCACACCGUGUCAACGAGGUCAGGAUGAUUGACGUGCCCCCCCAGGGGGUGCCGGUGGAGAGGGGAUCACCCGUGCGCAGGUCUUUCCGGAAGAACAGCAACGGGGCCAUGGAGGGGGUGCCCGGUGUGCACGGAGCCGGAGUCUCCCCCGUGUUCGUGGACCUUCCACCGGGUCACGGAACCAGGCCGUUCCAGAGUGGCGUGUCUCCCGGUGACCCCCAUACAAGUGAGCGAAUGAAGGCCAUGGAGAAACAGAUAGCCAGUUUGACUGGGCUUGUCCAACAUGCACUUUUAAAGGGGCCAAGUACUAGUGCAGCCAAAGACCCUACCAGUGAGAGCCCGGUGAGAACAGCAUCUCCUGCUAACAGUGUUAAUAGUGGUGGAGUGUCACCUGCUCCUGUACCCAAGAGCUGCACCCCUCAGUCUGACUCCAUGGCUGUGGUGCUCCACUCGUCCGCCAAAGACCCCGAGAUGCAGUCCAUGCUGACCCACGUCAGGAGGAACGUGUCUGACCUCCGCCUGCAGCUCCACCAGCUCAGGCAGACGCAGCUCCAGAACCAGGACUCUAUGAAGGUUAUGCUCAGGCGGGCCGAGCAGGAGAUCACAGGCAGGUUCACCGACAUGCUGAGGCACCUGGAGGACCCAGUGCAGAGACAGCGGUCCCAGGUGGACCAGGAGAGACACUCGUACCUGGCCCUGGAGGAGAACGUCCUCAUCCAGCUGGGGGAGCUGGAGAAGAACGUGGAGAGGCUGAAGAGAGACUCCACCUCAGGCACCACCUCACGGCCAAUCACACUGAAGGAUGUGGAGGAGGGUGCGGUCAACUUGAGGAAAGUGGGGGAGGCCUUGGCUGGACUCAAAGGCGAGUACCCGGCGCUGCAGACCAAGAUGCGUGCGGUGCUGCGGGUGGAGGUGGAGGCCGUGCGCUUCCUCAAAGAGGAGCCGCACAAGAUGGACAGCAUGCUGAAGAGAGUCAAGGCCCUGACGGAGACGCUGAGCUGCCUGAGGAGAUUUGCCACGGAGGGUGUCGUGCCCUCUCCGGAACCCGUCAGAGCGCUCCCGGCUGAGGCAGCACCUGCGGAGGCAGCACCUGCACCUGCGGGCUCCGACUCCUCGGGCUCCUCCCGGGGCUCCCCCACUCCGCAGCCGCGCUCCCCAGCCGCCGCCAUGCGCUCCGAGCUCACCCCCUCCUCCCCCAUGGUGGUGCAUCGCGUGCGCAGCUCGCCGGUCACCACGCCCGUCUGCCAGCACUCGGCCAGCCUCAGCCACCACGCCAGCCCGCCGCUCACCCCCACGCACGCGCGGGACUCCCCCACCGUGGCCAAAGUCAGCCCGCGCAGCCGCGAGAACAGCCCCGCGCAGCAGAAGAGGGAGACGCUCCUCAGGGCCACGGUGGAAGAGGCGCUGGGCAACCCAGGCUCCUGCCCCACCAGCGCGGCCAACAGCUGUGGCUCUGCCACCCCACCCCCCCUCGGCACAGAGGAGCCCCCCGCCAGCAGGGGCAGCUUGAGACACGGAAGCUCCAACGCAGAGCCACCAGCUCCAGAGAGGCAGUGGGAGGAGGAGGAGGAGGAAGAGGGGGAGGAGGAGGAGGAAGAAGAGCAGGAGGCCCAGCCUGAUGUGGUGGAGAUGGAGAGGCUUCUCCAGCAGACCCAGGCCAGCCUGAUGCAGGCCAUCCCCAGCCUGGAGGUGCCAAGCCAGGGGGAGAUGACACUGGAGGCCCCGCCGGAUGAGGUGGAUGCCCCCUUACCGGCAGCUUCCGCUCCUGAACCGCCGCCAAAACCUGCUGCUGAAAAACCAGUCGCGCCCGGCUCGGCGGAGCGAGCACAGAAGCCGGCCAUAGAGAAGCCCCACAGGCCCAGUGUUGACAGAGCAAAGGCUAACUCAGCAGAGAAGGCCAGCAAGUCUCCUCCCCCUCCCCCGCCCCGCAGGUUCUUCCCCAGCGGAAGUGGGCUCACCACCGGGAGGUCAGGAGAGGUCAUCUAUACCUCUCACAACAGGAAGGAGUCUGCCUCCACUCAGGAAGGAGAGGAGGAGCCUCCGCAACCCAAAGCACUGAAAGUGCCGCCGGAGGUCAAGCCCAAGCCACAGAGCCCACCGCCCGUCGCGCCCGCGGCAGCAUCGCCACCUCCGGUGGUGGCGGACGAGCACGAUGAGGAUGACGAGGGAGAUAAGAUCAUGGCGGAGCUGCAGGUGUUUGAGAGGUGCACCGUUAAAGAGUUAGAGGCCAAAUGUUUUGUUGACCUCUCAAAUGUUGAGCCAGAACGGCUGGAGCCAGAGUCCCCAGCCCCCAACACACCCCGAGACUCAAAGCAGACCACGGCUCUCCAGGGUGAAGAGACCAACCAAACUAAGGAUGGCAAGGAUUCCACUCCACAGGGUUCCAGGGUGAUAUAUUACGUCACAGGACAGAUUUCCAAUGAGCGUCCUGCAGCAGACACAGGAGAACAAAAGGAAGGCAGGGGGCGAACCCUUUCCCAAACCAAGGUGGCACACGCGAAUGCUUUUGACUUUUCCCAGAAGCCAAAGUUAUUAACAUCAGAUGAAUUCCCCACAGUGUCCCAUAAACCAGCAGGCCAAAGCCAAAGCCCAAGCAUGCAGCCCUCAACACGGCACACAGAUGUGACUGGGCCACGGCCGGCCUGUCCUGACACGGAGAAGUGUCCCAACAAAGAGCAAGACACACCAGAACCUGUACUUUCACUGGCUGCCCAAGAGAGGAAUGCCCCACCUGCUAAAGAGAGUGCUGUUACUGAGCAGCCAGUGAAUGGCAUUCAGAGUGAGCAUGCUACCACAUCAUUGGACGAGGAGAGCCCAGUCAAUGAGGAAGUGGUGAUGAGGUCUAGUAGGGGCAGAGUGAGGUACACAGAGGAUGCCGGUUUAAGCCCAGACCUCCCAGAUGACGAGGGUCCCCCUCCCCCGUCCACAGACAGCGUCGCCUUCAUGAUCACCCAGACCAAAGUGCAGGCUCUGUCCAGGGGAGAGUACAGGGACCUGGUGAGCCAGGGCGGCGAGGUCCAGACGGUCACAGUAGGUAUGGACCAAACUGUGAAUGCGCCAGAAAACUGUGGCUUCGACCGCAAGCCCGUCAUCAUCAUCUUCGACGAGCCCAUGGAGAUUCGCCAGGCAUACAAGCGGCUGUCUACCAUUUUCGAGAACGAGGAGGAGCUGGAGCGGAUGCUGAGAGAGGAAAGGAUUGAGGAGGAGAGUGAGGAGGCCGAGGAGGAGGAGGAGGAGAGAGCCAGCAGAGAGACCAAGGGAAGAGAGGUAACUGGCUUAGGUUUGACCAGAACAGACAGAGCUGAGGUAAAACCAAACAAUCAAAGGCCUACCACUGCGAUCGGUAAACCCCUUAGCCCAAGAGAGCCCUCAUCCCCUGAGCUGGAUCAUGGCUUUAAAACAGAGCCCUCUCCAAACGACCCGAAGCAAGAUGCCAAGAAAAAGUUUAAGUUCAAAUUCCCCAAGAAGCAGCUGGCCGCCAUAGGGCUGGCACUGCGCACAGGGACCAAGACAGGCAAGAAGACCCUGCAGGUCGUGGUCUAUGAGGACGAAGAGGAGCCAAAUGGUACGGUGAAGGAGUUAAAGGAGACCAAAAGGUUUGAGGUCCAACGCAAAUCCAGGGCUAACCAGACUUCCUCUUCAUUACCGAGUCCAUCUACCCCCAAAGUCGUGCUUCCAACCCAAAGUAGACGGACCGAGGAGAUCCGGAAAAACACUUUCAAGACCCUUGACAGCCUGGAGGAGACCAUCAAGGAGCUGGAGUCCACCAUCAGUGAUUUGGGACCCAAUUCAGUACCAACUCCACCCGAGCAGCCCUCAUCUCCACGGGGAGGCUCCAAGGUCAAGAGGUCGGUCCCUGAAAGCUCCCAGUCAGAGGGCAGCCCCUCCAAGCGAGCCCCCCCUUCCGAGUCAAAGGCCCAGAAGUUGCCAUCUCUGCGGAAGAAGGUCAAGCCUCAUCUCCCGCCCCGGCCGUCGGCCACCUCUCCCACCACCUCCCCCACCACCUCUGGCCCUACCUCCUCAUCUGUAUCCUCGUCUUCCUCUUCCUCCAGCAGCAACGCCAACAGUAAACAGAACGCCAGCGGUUCCUCCUCCACGAGUCGACCCACGCUGCCCUCACCCAAGACCCGCCAGCAGCCCAGCGCGAGCGCGGAGAAAGCCGGGAAAUCGCAAAAGCGUCAAGAUUCCCAGAGGCAGUUCAGACAGGCUAACGGGAGUUCUAUGAAAGCUGAUGGGGAUAGUAAACAUGCUUCCCUUGCUUUACCUUCUUCUAAGAUCCCAGCCUUAUAUCCUAGCUCUGGAAAAGGUAGCCUGUCUUCUCCUAACUCAAACAUGUCUAAGCCCACUAAUCCAUCAUCUGCCUCUUCUUCCCCCUCCUCCUCCUCCGCCUCCUCUACCUCUCCCUCCAAGUCCUCCAUUCCGUGUCUAAGUCUUGGCCGGCACAUUCGCACCUCCGCACAUACCCUCCCCAGGCCGGUUCCCCCCACUGAUUCCCUCCAAUUCCUUGGGGGCAGAGGCCAGAACCUUUCCCUCCUGCAGCAACAGCAGCAGACUCAAAAUGGCCGCCCCCACACCUCCCCAUCUCACCACCCUGUUACCAUCCCCACCUCUUCCUCUGCCCUUAACUACUCCUCUUCCUCCUCCUCCUACUCUUACUCCUCCUCUUCCUCCGUGUCCCCGACUUCCACCUCCUCCUCCUCGCCCUCCUCCCCCUCCCUCCUCUCCCCUACGGCCGUGGGUCAGGGCGGCAGGGGAGGCCGGGCAAUCCACCUCCACAGCAUCAGCAGCGGUCGGCCACAAGGUGGCAGCAGUGGUCCGCCCGCCAUCACACCAACAUCAUCCACCAGAGACAUGGCAUGACCUCCAUGUUAUUUUCUUUAUUUUAUAUUUUUUGUGUAGUCAUUUUUUUUUUAUCUUCUGUUUUUUCUUCUCCUUCAUCAUAUGUUGUUUUCUAGUGCCAUCUGUAUGUUCACGUUCUCAUCGUCAGUUGAAUCUCUCUCAUGUGUGUAAACUGCCUGGAAGGCUGCUUGAUGUGAGAUGAGAGUGUAACUUGUGGAAAGUAAACUUUAAGAGGAAAGUCCGUUUUUUUUGCCCUGUGCGUCUACACAAGUAUUGCUGAGUUUAUUCACUGUAUUCACAAGAUUAUUUAAUUCUUGGCUUACAAUACAUGCAAGAGUGAAAAAAAAUAUGUAAACCAUUAGAUUUAGUGCUAGACGGUCGGUGCUUUGAAAGAUGUUUAUUUUUUAUUUAUGUAAAAGGUUAGCAGUUUUAAUGGAUGGUAUUGAGAAUAUAUUUUAUAUGAAUAUGUGUUGGAAUUAAUAGAUUGUGUUGAAAUAGAAUUACUACAAAAAAUUUACAAAAUAUUUUUGAAAUUUGAAAAAAAGACAACAAUACUGCAGUAUAUUUUCACCUACUUUGGUUUUAAAAGUGGCCGUAGACAUAUUUAUAGAACUGCUUUGACAUACAUAUAAGGUUUGAACUGAUUUUGAAAGGGAGCCGCCGUGGCACCGUUUGCUUGUAGAAGGCCUCGUACAGGCUCCUAUGCACUGCCAAAACAUGGCUCUGAACAGUAUAGACCAGUGUGGAACCUGUCCUCAGUAGGUGUCUGCCGACAUACCAAAGCAAUUGGGUGUUUGUUUUACAUUGCCAGACAGCGCUGUGCGUCAGGGCCACUGUGUGAAUAAAGAACAUCACAGGGCACUGUCACACACACACACACACACACACACACACUCCUCUCUCUCUUUGCGGACAUGCAGAGACUCACUGGUGUUGAUACCACAAAAUGUGAUGAGCAACAUGCAAAAUGUUUAGAGAAAAAAAAAAAGAUUUUGGUUGAUUUAUUUUUGGUUGAUUUGGCCAAAGUUUACUUCGAUGCAUGCCUUUCAGAUGUUUGAGAUUGCAUUUGUGUUUGCACAGAACAUUGUAAAUAGUUGGUUUCUUUCUCUUUUAAUUUUAUAAGCUUGUAUAACAUGUACAAAAGCUCUGUGGAAGAAAAUGUGUGUGAAGGUGUCUAACCUAAUAAAGGGCUGCCUGCUUGUAGUA